AUGGCGCAAUGGAUAGUGCCUUUGCGACACAAGGAUGAGGACCAGAGUUCAGAUCUUCAAAGCCCAUGCUGCCUGCCUAUAACCUCUCAGGGGCCGGAAUGGGAGAUUCCCUGGAAAAGCUAUGCUAGUAGAAUCUGGAGCUUUACAUUCAGGUUGUUCUGCAGAAACCUUCUGGUGUGUGUCAUCUUAUUCUACACUGUUUACUACCCAUCACUGAGCAUGUGUUGCCACUCAAGGGAGGUGUGGGAACUGGAUGUCCUGGCACCAUUUGACUUCAAAACACGUCCUUCAUGGCUCAACACAAAUUAUAAAGUCCUCUUAGUCUCAACAGAAGUCACCUACUUGGUUUGUGGAUUGCUUUUUGCUCUGAUUGCAUAAGAAUGGGUUUGGGAUUAUGUGAUUUCCAUGACUAUACUUCCUGUACUCAUCACAUCAGCUGAUACAUUGGCAUUCCCCUUGACGUCACAUUGGUGGGCUGCUUUAGGUACAUGA